AAAGUAUACUUCGUAUUUUAGAUUACUGUUCAACAAAUUUACUUAUAUAUAGUGUAUACUGAAUAAAAUAGACCGGAUUAUUAUGGCGGAAAACACCCAAACUACAAUUACCUCUGAAGAAACGAUUAAGAUAACUUUAAAAACGCCAAAGGAAAAGCAAGAAUUCACAGUUUCACCCAAAAUAUCUGUAAAAGAUUUAAAAGCUGAGGUGUCAAAAAAGUUCAACGCCACAACUGAGCAGCUUGUCUUAAUAUUCUCUGGCAAGAUUUUAAAAGAUGCCGAAACGAUAGACCAUCAUAUGAUAAAGAAUGGACACACUGUUCAUCUUGUGAUAAAGUCAGCAUCACGUGCCCAACCAACCCCCCCACCCCCCACAACUACUCAAGCUUCUGAUGCGCCAACAUCUCAGUCCUCCAAUUCAAGUUUGCCAUUUAAUCUCGGCAGCAUGGGUGGCUUAUCAGGGCUUGGAGCAAUGGGGUUAGACUCACCCAACUUCAUGGAGAUGCAACAACAAAUGCAGAGAGAGAUGCUUUCCAACCCUGAGAUGUUGCAACGAAUGAUGGACAACCCACUUGUACAAAACAUGAUGUCGAAUCCAGAAAUAAUUCGAAAUAUGAUGAGUAAUAAUCCACAGAUGCAGCAACUGAUGGAGCGCAACCCAGAGAUCACACACAUGUUGAACAAUCCACAACUUAUGAGACAAACCAUGGAACUUGCAAGAAACCCAGCAAUGCUGCAAGAAAUGAUGAGAAAUCAGGAUAGGGCACUUAGCAACCUGGAAAGCAUCCCUGGAGGUUAUAAUGCAUUGCGUAGAAUGUACACAGACAUACAGGAACCAAUGCUUAAUGCAGCACAGGAGCAGUUUGGACAGAAUCCAUUUGCUGCUCUUAAUGAAACUUCUAAUAGUGGGGCGAGUACUCAAAACACUGAAAACACGAACCCCCUCCCUAACCCAUGGGGUUCCUCACCGCAAGCAACUACAACAUCAACAACUUCUUCAACAAAUAGACCAACAACGACCCCAUCAACUAAUACAGCAGGAUCAGGUUUAUUUAACAACCCUGCCAUGCAAAACCUGAUGCAACAAAUCACUGACAAUCCAAGUUUAAUGCAAAACAUGAUGACGGCACCUUACAUGCAGGGUAUGAUGCAAAAUAUGGCGGAAAAUCCAGAGUUAGCAAACCAGAUAUUUUCACACAACCCAUUGUUUGCAAACAAUCCUGAGAUGGCCCGUAUGAUGCCACAGAUGCUACAGCAGAUGCAAAGGCCUGAAAUGCAAAAUCUCUUUACCAACCCUCGUGCCAUGCAGGCGAUGAUGCAAAUGCAAGCAGCAAUGCAAACCUUACAGCAAGAAGCACCAGGGCUCAUGACUGGACUUGGGCCAACUGGUGCAGCAGUUCCACCAACGACUACUACAACAACUUCAACCCCAAGUUCGACAACUACAACCAACAACCCAGCAAGUUCACAAGCAUUGCUCAACCAAAUGAUGCAAACGUUAGCAACUGGACCUCCAGCAGCUGCAGCUCUGUCUCCAGAAACUCGUUACCGGGCACAACUUGAGCAGCUUUCAGCGAUGGGUUUUGUAAAUCGUGAUGCUAACAUUCAAGCUUUAACUGCUACAAAUGGCAAUGUUAAUGCUGCUAUAGAAUUUUUGCUUGGUUAAUUAUAAAUUAAUUCCCUGUGAAUAAAUAAAUUGUACGCUAUUCUGCCAUUGAAGGUAAUAUUGUCACCUGUGUAGAUUAAUUCCAACUUUUUCAUGUUACAGAUUUUAACUUAGGCCGUAUUUAUGCUGAUUAAUAGUUGCCGGAAAUACAUAUUCAGUUCUCAUCAUUCCUUUUUGAUCAUGAACUAAAUUAAACUUUAACUGUAUGUAAUUGAUUCACAAUUUUUGUCAUGAAUGUUGCUGGUGUUUGUACUUACUGUGAUGGUAAGUAGCCAAAGAAUUUUGCUUCCUUAUGUACAGGACAUUGCUUGUUAUUAUAUUAUACUGUACAGGCAAAGAAACUGCAUGCAAUUUCCACUUUGCAUUGUACGUGGCAUUCUAUUGCAAGUGGUAUUUUUAUUUUAUUGUGUCUGUCCUCAAAUUGACGGAAUAAUUUUAUUGAUUAACUGAUAUGUUUAAGAAUCUGCUAAAUAUUUAUACUAUAAAAAUACUUGUACAUAGUGUAUACAACUCCUGCGUAUCUUUUCUUUGUUGUUGCUAGAACACAUGUUGCCUAGUGUUGAAAUUAGGUUAUAAUUAGAAUGUGCGGCAUUUGUGCUUAAAUAAUCUUAAAACAGGUACAUUGUUUUAUUCU